AAAUGUCAUUUUUAUACUAUAAUUUACAAGAAAAUACUUUAAACACGCUUUACGUUAACAUUUCGGUGGUUGCGCGUAUAUUUUGUGUAUUAAACACGGGUGCCAUGUGGUCGUCGGGGACUCAUAACCUCGGCGCGGCGCUCGGGCGGCGCAUCACGUAACGUCGGGUCUUCGGGAGUGCCGAUGGUGAGAGCGGAGAUGGUGCUGAGUACUGAGUGGGCGCAAGUGGAGGUGGUUGAGCUCACGAACGACGGCAACGGGCUGGGGUUCAACUUAGUCGGCGGGAGGAGUACAGGGGUCGUGAUCAAGUUCGUCGUGCCUGGCGGAGCGGCUGAUAAGGACGGGAGGCUUCAGAGCGGGGACCACGUGCUUCAAGUGGGUUCGGUGAACCUACGAGGGUUUACGUCGGAGCAAGUCGCGUCCGUGCUACGCCAAGCCGGCGCCACCGUUCGGCUGCUCGUAGCUCGCCCGGCAGACCCCGCGCUCGCCCUCCGCGCCCCGCUGCCUGGGACAGCGCUCGUGCCCACCAAGAUCCUCGCCGACCCCGACCAACUCGACCGCCACCUCGUCGAAAGCGGCUAUGCGGCCAUCUACGACCUGUCCCAGUGCUACGCCGAAUAUGUCAAUGGGCAGAACGGAGAUGAAAACGUCGCGGCAGUUGUGAGCGUACUCGGCGAAAUCCCACAAGAAAUCCAGGAACAACCUGUUGUAGCGGUAUCUCCAACUAUUACUAUUACUGUACCUGUGGAAUUGCCUAACUUGCCCGAGGUAGAAAUAGUUCAUGUAGAUUUAAACAAAAAUGUGUAUGGUUUAGGGAUCACAGUAGCCGGCUAUGUCUGUGAGAAGGAAGAACUAUCUGGUAUCUUUGUGAAGAGCAUCAUAGAGGGAAGCAGUGCUGAGCAAAGUGGACAAAUUAAAUUAAAUGAUAGAAUAAUAGAAGUAGAUGGAAUAUCUUUAGCAGAUAAAAGUAACCCUCAGGCUGUGGACAUUUUAAGAAACACAGGUAUUUCGGUGCACUUAGUGUUAGAGCGGUAUUUAAGAGGUCCAAAGUUUGAGCACCUGCAACUAGCAAUAUUUAAUGAAGAGCGUCCUCCGUCACCAUCACCUUCCACAACCACCCUCUCCUGGUUCCCCGUGCCUUCCCAAGAUGACAGUACUACUAAAAUAGAACCGGAGCGGGACUCCAACACUACUAUAGAUUCCAGUGUACUAGAAAUUGUUGAUACUGAAGUGAUUGAACCAUCUCAAGAGGAACUUGAUAAGAGAUUGGAUGAGAUACUAGCUGUAGACAAGGAAGAAAUUAAGAAACGGUGGUCAGAAGAAAUUGGCCCAGAAAAGUCCAUUUUGGUUGCUGAAGUUAACAAACUUGGUGCCUUGGGGAUCAGUCUAGAAGGUACUGUAGAUGUAGAAGGCGGCCAGGAGGUCCGCCCGCAUCACUAUAUCAGAUCUGUGCUUCCAGAAGGCCCAGUUGGACAGCAAGGAACCCUAACCGCUGGAGACGAGCUUUUAGAAGCAAACGAAUACAGACUACAUGGGCUGACACAUACAGAAGUUGUAAAUAUCCUCAAACAAUUACCCGACCGCGUUAGGCUGGUUGUAGCACGCCCUGAAAGUGGUCCUCGGUCUGUUAUCAACUUAGCAUCCGACCGAGAAGCAUUUGAAGCUAGAAAAAUUAUAUCUGGCAGUCUCAACAACCUUACUACUCUCAUCAAAGCUCAGUCAGACACCUCAAUCAACACAUCGAGCACUGCAACUCUUACCAACCACUCCGGUGUCUCCAAGAAAUCCCGCUCUUUAGAGUGCGUGUCUGGGCUAGCCAUGUGGCAAAGCAAAGAGGAUAUUGUCGAGCUUGUCAAAGGAGACCAGGGUCUAGGCUUCUCUAUAUUAGACUACCAAGAUCCAAUAGAUCCACAAGGAACAGUUAUAGUUGUUAGAAGUUUAGUUCCUGGUGGUGUAGCAGAGAAAAAUGGAGAGAUAUCUCCAGGAGACAGAGUAAUGUCUGUAAAUGGGGCUAGCAUUAAGAAUGCGACUUUAGACCAAGCUGUGCAGGCCUUAAAAGGCGCUCCGCGUGGCGUUGUCAAAGUCGGGAUAGCGCGUCCAAUGCCGCCUCACGAUAACUCCAAAUCUAAAAGCACAAGCACUUUAAACACUGUCAAACCAAGUUAAUCUUUACUCUGUGAUUAAACCAGUACUAGUCAAGUUGAAGUCAUAUCAAACUUACGCUUAAUUGAGAUUAACUUAGAGCGUCACAGACGCGGGCGCUUAUUGUCUGUAAAACAAAGGCAUACUGGUGGUCCUACCAUGAAUAACUUUUUUUUUUGCUAUAGAAAAGUGAUGAAAAUUAUAAUUAUACACUAUAAUUUUCCCAAUAUUUUGUGUAUAAAUCUUAAGCAUUGCAUAGUAAAAAUAUACAACUUAGGCGAAACGUUGUUCGACGUUUUGAAACGACUGAAUUCAUUACAGAUAAAAGUGAAUGAUAAGCUUAAUAAUAUAAUGCCUAAAGUAUAUUAACUUCCCAACCUAGUCACUUAUUGAUUCUAGGUUUGGACCAUCAGUAACAGCCUAAAAUUAAACUCAUUCAAAAACUCCCCAUGUGUACAGGUCGCAAGGCACAAAAUGCAUUGCCAAGUCUGUAGACUAGUCAAUACUUCAUCAUUUGAUACGCGAGGACAGCUCAACUCUAUGAUACAAUAAUAAUUUACGCUUUACUAGUUAUACAUAUAUGAUCAUCGUAAGUUCACGAAACUUUUGUAAUGCACAGAAUCUUAGGGUAGCUUACCUGUUAUUUCUGCAGGGGCCUCGGUCGUUGAAAAAUGAACUUUAUAGUCAUCUUUAUAAGGUGCAUAGAAUGUAUCAAUCAAAAAUGCACUUACGAAAACUUAGCCAUAAGUACAAAAUUUUCCUAAUGUAUAAUGAACUCUAGGACAAGAUCACAAAGUUCAUUUUUUAUUAAAUCAGGCACCUGCAAGGUGUUGUGAAUGUAUGGGCUCACUUAGACUGCAUUUGUUUACUAGUUUAGGCCUUCUGCACUGCCUUCAGGAUCUAAGUAUAAAUAUAAACUAAAUUAUAUGGCAGAACCUCUUAUUAAACAAAUAUUAGAUUUUCUAGCAAACUUAGGUUGUAAACAGUAAUCACAAAUGUGUAGAUAUUAAACUAAGGGAGCAAUUAUAUAAAUAAAUACGAAUUUUAUGUAAAUAAUAUAAAUGUCAGUUUUAAAUUUCAUUAUCUUGUGGAUUUGAAUGAGAAUUGAGUUUUUAAAAGUAUUAUUGUGAUUUUAACAGUGACUUUGUAUCUCAUGAAAAGAGAUGAACAAUCUCAGAUGUAUUAUGUAUUUCAACGGACAUAUAAGGUCUGUCAAUUUUACAUUUUAUUUUGGCUUUUAAUAUUGGCUCGCGCGCUUAUUCUUGCCAUGACAAUUAAAUUCUUGCCUUAUUGGUCUGAAACAUACUUAUGUAAAAUACAGUUAUAUUUAUUCUUGGCAUUUUGUUAUAUUUGUUAAAGUAUAUAAAUGUACGCUCGGCAUAAUAUAAUCUGGGGAUGUCAUGGAACUAUGUUCAGUACGGUCAAGUGCGCCCAUAGGUACAAAUCCUACUACCCUAGCAACAACCGUUAGAGGUCCUUCCACCGGGGCCGCACUUUUCCUUCAAGAAGGGUGUGGGUGUGUUACUGCAAAAGGGUUGGUCUUUAUUAAUGGUUGUUUCUAUUUGGCACAAUAGUCCAUAUAGGCAUGCUUGUGCCAACUGACCUUAAGAGGCUGUCAAUACCUAAAGCGCGCACACUGUCUAUUUGUAUCGGAGUAAAUGAGAUAGCACUGUCGCAUGUUACUGGGCCUGGGCAAGGGAAUAAUAAGAAAAAUAUUUAAAUAAAAAAAAGUGGAUUAUUUGUGUAAUAUUUAACUCGACCAAGGUUUAGAUAUAAAUGUUUUGAAAUUGUGAUUUUAAUUGCAGACCCAUAAGUCAAAACAAAAAAAGACAUAAAAAUUCAAUUCAAUUCAAUUCAAAUAUACUUUAUUCAUGUAGGCCUAGCAACAAGCACUUAUGAAUAGUAAGACAGUAUUACAUAUAAUUAUCUUAAUCUAAUUAUCAGAGCAAUUUAUUGAUGUUGUAAAUAUUAUUCCAUAUAUAAUACUAAUGAAUAUAAUUCAUAGAUCAAAUUUAAUACUAAAACUUUCACAAAAUACAGUCAUACAAAAAAAAAUGUAUAAAAAAUACUUGUCUAGAUUGUUUCUAGAAUAAAUUCUAAAUGUCAAACAAAUAUAAUAAAAACAACAAAGGAAAUACAUGCAUUGGAAUAUCCAUUUCAUCAUCAUUAUUCAAAUAUAAUAAAUAAUUAAUCAUUUCGAAUCACA